CAGUGGGGUGGAUUUAUUUGCUGCGUGGUCUGUCUCGUUCUAUCCUCAAAUUAUCACAAUUGGGAGCGAAAAAGUGUUGUCGGUCUAAACUUCGAUUUUAUGGCUUUGAAUUUGCUUGGAUUCACAUUAUACGCUGUAUUCAACUUUGGGCUGUACUUUGUACCAGAAAUAGAGAAAGAGUAUUUCGAAAGACAUCCCACGGGUACCAACCCUGUACAAAUGAAUGAUAUAGUAUUUGCAGUGCAUGCACUUUUGCAACGCUAUUCCAUUAUUCAGUGUUUCUGCUUGAGCCAUCGUUCAGGAAUUGUCAACACAGAUUUCAAGAGUUCUGGUGCUCAAAGAGUUUCCACCACAGCGAGAUCUAUUCUCUUCCUAUUCUUUUUGAUAAUCACAACAACCCUGGGUCUAACUCUUUUCGAAAAGCUAGCCUGGCUGGACUUUAUCUACUACUGUUCCUACAUCAAGUUGACCAUUACACUUAUCAAGUACAUUCCACAGGUUAGUAAUAUUUCAUUUCAAAUUAUACA